GAAAAAUGCCUUCCCCUAAGCCCUCGGACGACGAGAAGACGCCUACGAAAGCCAAACCGGUACUGAAUGCUCGUCGCGUCUCAGUAGGUAAAGGUCCACGCAAUGGAGGGAGUGGGAUUCGCAAGGCCUCCGGCAACAGGACGCCCGUUCGAAAAUCCUCUGCUACGCAAGCACGAACACCCAAUAGUGCACCCGCCGCCGUCCGGAAAACGCCCAAGAAGGCGGAACCUACGCUCUUUUCGGAUUUCCUAUUGGGAAGGCCUAGUCCACAGCGAACUCGAACGGCAACACGAAGGAAGAGUCUCGAUGCUCUUAAAAAGGAAAUGAAACUUGAGGCCGAUGCCAUUGGGAAGGUUCCAAAUCCGGGGGGUGUCAAAGAUAGGGUCAAACAAUGGCAGAAGGCCAGUGCCGCUGAACUUGCUGCAAAGAAAGUGGAAGAAGAGAAAGCGGAGAGCGAUGGCGAAUGGGAGGAUGACAAGUCGAAGAGCGGAGGAGGGAGUACGAAGCCCAGGCCCGGACGGCGGAAAGGCGGAGAGGCGGAGGAUGACAUACCAAUUGGCGGAACAGCGAAAGAAGCUGCAAGAGGGCGGAGCAGAAGCGCGGGGUCGCCCAAAAAGAAGGUCAUUGGUGAUGAUCAAUGGAUGAAGAAGCCCGAGAAGAAGAAGUCACCGCCAAGGAAGUCCCCGCCGAGGAAGGGACAGCCCAUACCAAAACACUUCGCAGCAUUGACAAACAAUCCGCCUUUGGAAAAGAAGAUAAAAGACUGGGCAAGGCGGAAUGCGAGUGAGGAGUCUGAGACGCCUCCUCCAAGUGCGAAGAUCUUGAAGCAAAGGACGCCAAGCGGAACACCGAGAAAGGAAGCCCUGCCGAAAGACUUCCCAGUCGCGGCGUCUACCCCGCCAUUAGAGAAAAGGAUUAAUGAUUGGGCCCAGAGGAGCGUGAGUGAAGGGCCCGAGGAGAUUCGGAAGACCCCGAAAUCGUCGAAACGGGAGAGUGUGGGAGAGACGCCUAGGCGGAGAAGAACUUCCAGACAAAACUCUCCCGACAAGGACUCAGUCGAUGAAGAGUUUAGCUCUCGGCGGAGGAGAAGGGCUUCCAGACAAAAUUCUCCCGACAAAGACUCUGUCGAUGAAGAGUUUAGCUCUCGGCGGAGGAGAAGGGCUUCCAGACAGAAAUCUCCUCACGACGACUCUGUCGAUGAAGACGUUAGCUCCCGAAAGAGAAGGGUGCCUCGAGAAGAGCAGGUAGACAAUGCACUCAAAUCGAGGGAUUCUUCGAGGCAAAGCCCGUUUGAUGAUGGUAUUCGCGUUCGACCUUCCCCAGAUCACAUGGACGGUGGAAUUCAAGCCAAGUCUUCCAGGGACUUUUCGUUCAAUUCCGCUGAUGACGGAUUGCGAAUACCACAUGAACCCAGCAGCAGGAGACGUUCUAAACCGGAUAACCCAAGGAAAAGGAGUGAUAAAUACCUUGAGCCCCUAGAUUCCGAGGGCAGACAACAUGAGCCUACGACCUUGACUGGUGAUACCCGCGAAGCUGGCGACGAUAAUGAUGCCUCGGCUUGGACCCCCAGCCGGAAACGAUCGAGACGACACCCACGGAGGUCGGACACUGUUGCUGAAUCUUUGGACGAGAUUCCCUUUGGAAACUCGGCCUUCAGCGUUCUUGACAUGCCCGUCGGCGCUGAAGCAGGUACCAUGCGACGGCCUCCACCAAACCGAACUCCCAGCUUUGGUAUGCCAAAAGUUUUCAAGAAGGUGUAUAGUGAAGCCAUUAAUAUUGUUCACGAUACAGUCGAUCCACCCAGAGCGGGCCCGAAUCAGCCUCCUAGUAUCGAAUCUUGGCUGAAAGGCACAACGGAUCCGUUCGUCGAAGCCCCAGCUACCCCCAAGUCCAUGCCAGAAGCCCAGGAAUUGUCUCCAUCACGGACGCGUAACUAUAAGGAAAAUGAUACCCCAGAGCAGAAUCUCGCGGCCAGUGUUGAGAGCGGGGUUGCUCGGAAGCGUCAUGUUCGAAGUCCCCACGAUCUGGGCGAUAGACAUCGUGUUUCCAAUAGAGAUAGCCCUUCCACAGCGCGGGAGACACUCCCGAGUAUGGGAAAGCCUCCUUCCCUCUCUCCAAACGGCUUGAAGAGGACGCCUGCUACACGCAGUACUUCACCGCCAAAGUUAGCAAGAAAGUCGCCCCUGAAAGAAGCAUUGUUAGAUGCUUUUAGGGGGGAAUCAACAACGUACCGUUCCAAGGGAGGUCCACUGCAAGAUAUAUCUGACUCCCGCGAAAACCGUAGUCCUUCAGGAUCUUAUGGCAGUGGACGUGAGGGUGUUGAAGAACGUGUACCAAAGAAUAGCCCACGAGAGCCAGAAGACACAACCUCCAAACCUACCCACGAAUUGAUGCCACCUCCAGUAUUUCCCCGACGACCAGCACCAACUACCGGGGUACAUCGUUUGUCAACAAUCGCAUCUGUUGAAACUUUCAGCACAAAGUCCUCUGCUGCUGAAACUGCAUCAGGGCUCUCACAAACAACUGUGACAGAAGACACGCUUUCCACAUUACCUACAGAGUCAAAUCUCUCACGCAAAAGCAAUAAAUCAGGUCUGAAAAGACGACUCACUAAGCACGCAGACCUACUUUCUGUGCUUUCAUUACCUGAUUCCGCACCACCUGGAAAGGCCACUAGUAUCAGAUCUGCACGUAGCAUACGAACCUCGAGAGCCCCUUUCGAAACCGCCACAAUCCCAGAUUUUAUGCGGGAACUAGCUGACGAUGAAAGUAAAUACAUACGAGAGCUAGAUACACUAGUAGACGGUGUUAUUCCCGUUUUACUCAGUUCUGUUCUCUCGAAAUCCGAAACUGCAAUCGCUGCAGGCAUCUUCGACGCCAAUCCUGAUGAAUUGAUUGAUAGUUCCUUCACCAAACCUAUUGUUGAUAUGGGAAUUGCUCUUGAGCACUUGAGAUCUCUCCAUAAACGAAUACCCCUCGGUGAUCCAGAAGGUCUCACCUCUUGGGCUCACAGUGCUCACAAAUCCUACGACGAUUACCUUGUUGCUUGGCGAAUGGGAUUUCAAGGUGCUAUUGUCAACUUGGCUCCUGCAACCUCCCCUUCUUCCACUGAAGAACAGUCAGCUCUCUACGACAUGCCUCGAAACGCCAACGGAGAUAUGGUCAAUGCCGAUGGCGAGCGUGUCGAUGUCGCCUUCUUGCUCAGGAGACCCCUAGUCAGAAUCAAGUAUCUGUCAAGGGUCCUCAAGGGCAUCAACAGAAUUGAUCCUACUGAUCGAACACGGUCUGUCGACACUAUGUGGGAAGAUCUUGUAGCAAAAUCACGUCGUCGAACCAAAGAAGAACAGGCUAGAAUGGUGGAUCGAGCUGCUUAUAACACUGAUGCUACUCGAGCUCGCGACCCCAGGACUUUGGCUCUGGCAGAGAACACAAAGAUCGACCGUACUCGACAAGUUUAUGCUAAAGACCACUUCUCACUUGAUAUGCCACAUUCUAGCGGCCAGCGAAUUGAGUGUGAGGUCGAGUUGUUACUUCGAGACAAGCCUUCAGCUAAGAAGGAUCCUGGCGAUGUUCUGGUCUGCGCUGUUGAUGAUAUCAGUCGAUGGCUACUUUUUACUCCUAUCUCGAGAGAUGUCAUGUCAGCUCGCAUGGGUGAUUCCGACGGCCAAGUAGUGGUCUUGGUGAGAGGCGUGGACAACCUCGGUCAGAACUGGCAAGAAACCUUCAUUCUCGAAACCGAUGACUACGACGCCGCAAAGGAGUGGGUUGAGAUGCUGGGUACAGUUCCAAUCCCUCCUCCAAUCCUCCCAAAGGGCUUGAAUCGCGGAUCACCGACGUCUUUACCAAGCAAAGACAUUGAGAUACCAAUCGGCGAGCGUCGGCGACGAGAGGCGGAAGAAAUCGCGAGCAUGCAUCAGGAGCAACAGGGCCCACGAUACAAACCUACAGUAUACGAUCUCGUCAAAGAAGAGCCAGUAGUCAGUUCAGCAGGCGCCAAAGAUCAUGGUCAACUUAAGAGUAAUGAUGAAGAGAAGCCGGCAAUCAAUCAUGCAAGAGCAAGAUCUAGCCCUCGACAUCGGUCUGACUCGAAGGCCAGGGGUAGUCCAGAUUCAGAAGCUUUCAUGUCUGGUGCAUUGCCUUUUAUUCCAGAAGCGUCAGAUGAAAGUCCAUCCACACCCGAUCACAGUUCUCCAGAUGAUCAACCCCCGCCACCACCUACUCACCGAACCCCAACAACCCCCAAGACCCUGAAGCCGUCUCCAGUCCUUGAAACUCCGACUCCGAAAGGCAGAAACCCAAGAAUUUCCUCGCCAUUGAAGCACGAAUAUCGGCCUUCGAAUGGCUCAGAUACCUCCGAAUCUGAAUAUUCCGACUCCCCGGACCAGGACUCUUCCUCGGAGUCAUCGGAUGAAGAGCUUGAGGAAGAAGACAUUCCAGAGCCUCAAUUUGUACCUAUAAGUCCUUACAGCAAGCGAAUGUCACCUCCAAGACAUAAUCUUCCGAACAGCACUCUCGCGCCGUCAAACGCUGUUUCCCAAGGACCUUACCGUGGAGUCCCUCUGCAGAGAUCAUCAGCCAGUGUCAAGCUUACGGCAAUGGUCUCUUCCUGGAAUAAUGCAAAGGGUCGCUGGGAUGAUAUUCAUCCUGAACCUUGCUCCAUAAUCGUCAGUCCAGGUCUGAUUGAAGCCUUUGAAAUGAACGCAUGUCACUCGUCACCACCAAAAACCGGCUCUCCUCUCAACUCCUCCGGUACUCCGGAUGAUCAAGAAGAUGCUGCUGAGGCAGAUCGUCCUCUCGUUGGGCUCGUACUCACGCCAAUGGUCAACCUCAGAAAGAGCACGGGUGUAGAUAUCGAGAUCCAUUCACCCCCAACUUCCUACUCCCGACUCAAGUGCAGCAGCAGCAUCCGCUACCGUUCCAUUUCUCCACAAGCCUGCAACCUGCUCUACAACACAAUCCAUAAAGCCCGCCUUGAGAACCCGGUCUGGGUGAAACUGGAGCAAGAGCGCAUCGUCAAUGACUAUGGCAGCAACACCUACGAGGCCGCAGUAGAGCCAAGCCGUCGCAGAUUCUUCUUUGGUCGAAGAAAGAGUUAUCGCGCCUCUGCCCGCGCCCCCUCUGCAGAACCAUCUGAACGAUCGCACUCCUCUUCGGCAUUCUCCCGCCUGCGACGCAUGAGCGGUGGCGGUUUGUUCAACAUCGCAAAAAGCUCCAUCCAUACCGGCGCAAAGGGCAAUAUCUCCGUCCCCGGUAGCUCCUAUGGCUCCCGCUACUCCGGCAAUUCAGAUCCCACGCCCCCAGGAACCCCGCCGAGUCUCUCGCUCGCUCCGACCAACACGUCUGGUGGCAUUCACCCCCUCGGGAACGAGAAUCUGAAGAUCCGGCUCUACUGCUUAGUGCGAGGCUUGAAAUGGGACGACAAGGGCUCGGCGCUCCUCACGAUUACGCAACCUCGACCGGGCACGCGGCAGGCGUCGUCGUUGUACAACGGCAUUGAGAAACGCAUCAUCGUCUCCAUCAAGAUCGGCAAGGCGGAGAACGAUUACGCGGUGGUGCUCGAUGAGGUUCUCGGCUCGGCCUGCUUCUCGAGGCUGGGCCGCAUGGGCAUCGUGGUCAACGUCUGGGAGGACAUCCGCGGGGACAGAGGAGAGAUCGGACGCGUCGGCCGGGUGGGCGGGGUCAGCGGUAGGAUCCGAAAGUGGCUUUUCCAGACGGGCUCGUCGCGCGAGGCGGCCUGGAUCUUUGGCUUGACGCAGCGCUCGGCUCUUAGUUAUUAAGCUUGAUUGGUGGCAGGAGUUUUGCAGCGGGUUGGGAAUAUAGAAAUCGAUCAAGCAAUCAAGCGCCGGAGUUGAAUGGUUUCAUGGGAUGGAUGGAUAGAAUAUGGGAUGUUAGAAGUUCUAGAUGUACGAGUAAUGUUUUUUCACCUUUCUC